ACUAAUGUUCGCGCGUCCCAGCAUGCAGACGUCAGUCAGGUCGGGGACAAGAAGGACAGGUGCGCACCUUACACCUUUUACCUGAAGAGCAGACAUGAUGACGAUGAAGGUGAGCCGCAUGGAGGGCACGAUGCACUACGGCAACGGCCUGGAGGACGAGGAGCAGGACUACAUGAUCCAGGAGGACGAGUGGGACCGGGACAUGUUGCUGGACCCCGCCUGGGAGCAGCAGCAGAGGAAAACCUUCACCGCCUGGUGUAACUCCCACCUGAGGAAAGCCGGCACACAAAUUGAAAACAUCGAAGAAGACUUAAGGAACGGACUCAAACUCAUGCUGCUUCUGGAAGUUAUCUCAGGUGAGCGGUUACCCAAGCCUGACCGAGGGAAGAUGCGCUUUCACAAGAUCGCCAACGUCAACAAAGCCCUGGAGUUUAUCACAAGCAAAGGAGUCAAACUGGUGUCCAUCGGAGCUGAAGAGAUUGUGGACGGCAACGUAAAGAUGACGCUGGGAAUGAUCUGGACCAUUAUCCUCCGCUUUGCCAUUCAGGAUAUUUCUGUUGAAGAAACAUCGGCCAAAGAAGGCCUCCUCUUGUGGUGCCAGAGAAAGACCGCCCCCUACAGGAAUGUCAAUGUGCAGAACUUCCAUGUCAGCUGGAAGGACGGCCUGGCCUUCUGCGCCCUGAUUCACAGACACAGACCCGACCUCCUGGACUACUCUAAGCUCAGCAAGGAUGAUCCUAUGGGGAACCUAAACCUGGCCUUUGACUUAGCGGAGAAGCACCUGGACAUUCCCAAAAUGCUUGAUGCUGACGACAUCAUCAACACCCCGAAGCCUGACGAAAGAGCCAUCAUGACCUACGUGUCCUGCUUCUAUCACGCCUUUGCCGGCGCAGAGCAGGCAGAGACGGCGGCUAACAGGAUCUGUAAGGUGCUGGGGGUCAACCAAGAGAACGAGAAGAUGAUGGAGGAGUACGAGAGACUGGCCAGCGAGCUGCUAGAGUGGAUCCGCCGCACCACUCCCUGGCUGGAGAACCGCAGCCCGGAGAAGAGCAUGGGACAAAUGCAGAGGAAGCUGGAGGACUUCCGGGACUACAGGCGCCAGCAUAAACCCCCCAAGGUGCAGGAGAAGUGCCAGCUGGAGAUCAACUUCAACACGCUGCAGACCAAGUUGCGCAUCAGCAACCGUCCUGCAUUCAUGCCCUCCGAGGGCAAGAUGGUGUCUGACAUUGCCACGGCUUGGCAAGGCUUGGAGCAUGCGGAGAAGGGAUACGAGGACUGGCUCCUCACCGAGAUCCGCAGGCUGGAGAGACUGGACCACCUGGCCGAAAAGUUCCGGCAAAAAGCCAGCAGUCAUGAAAACUGGGCCGGCGGCAAAGAAGUGCUUCUCUCCCUGAAGGAUUACGAAACAGCCACCCUGAAAGAAAUAAAGGCACUGCUGCGAAAACAUGAGGCCUUUGAGAGCGACUUGGCAGCCCACCAGGACCGUGUGGAGCAGAUUGCCGCCAUUGCACAGGAGCUGAAUGAGCUGGACUACCAUGACGUGGCGGCUGUGAAUCAACGCUGCCAGAGCAUCUGCGACUUGUGGGACAGGCUGGGAACGCUCACCCAAAAAAGGAGAGAGGCUCUGGAGCGCACAGAUAAGCUGCUGGAGACCAUCGAUCAGUUGUUCCUGGAGUUUGCUAAGCGCUCGGCGCCUUUCAACAACUGGAUGGAGGGCGCCAUGGAGGACCUGCAGGACAUGUUUAUGGUGCACGCUGUGGAGGAAGUCCAGAGUCUAAUUGCGGCUCACGAGCAGUUCAAAGCCACUCUCCCAGAGGCGGAUGCUGAGCGACAGGCCAUCUUGGGAAUUCACAAUGAGGUGCAGAAAAUCUCCCAGAGCUAUGGGAUCAGGGCUAACAUUAUCAACCCCUACAGCAGCCUCACCACUGACGAGCUCCUCAGCAAAUGGGAGAAGGUCAAGAAGUUGGUUCCUCAGAGGGACAGUGCCUUGCAGGAAGAGAUGGCACGCCAGCAUUCCCAUGAAAGGUUGAGGCGGCAGUUUGCUGCCCAGGCUAACCUCAUUGGACCCUGGAUCCAGACCCGGAUGGAGGAAAUCGGACGCUGUGCCCUGGAGAUUGGGGGCACCCUGGAGGACCAGAUGACCAAACUGAAGCAGUGCGAGCACGUCAUCGUGGCUUACAAGCCCAACAUGGACAAGCUGGAGGGAGACCACCAGCUCAUCCAGGAGUCGCUGGUGUUUGACAACAAGCACACAAACUACACCAUGGAGCACAUCCGCGUGGGCUGGGAGUUGCUCCUCACCACCGUCGCCCGCACCAUCAACGAGAUCGAAACCCACAUCCUGACCCGUGACGCCAAAGGCAUCAGUCAGCAGCAGAUGAAGGAAUUCCGAUCUUCCUUCAACCACUUCGAUCGGAAAAAGAACGGAGCCAUGGAGACGGAUGACUUCCGAGCCUGCCUCAUCUCCAUGGGCUACGAUCUGGGCGAGGUGGAGUUUGCCCGCAUAAUGAUCCUGGUGGACCCCAACGGGACCGGAAUCGUCUCUUUCCAGUCUUUUAUCGACUUCAUGACCAGAGAAACUGCCGAUACCGACACCGCGGAUCAGGUUGUGGCAUCCUUCCGCAUCCUGGCUUCUGACAAGCCGUACAUCCUGGUGGAGGAGCUGAGGAGAGAGCUUCCUCCCGAGCAAGCGGAGUAUUGCAUCAUGAGGAUGCCGCCAUACACCGGCCAUGGAGGGCCACCGGGGGCGCUAGACUACACCGCUUUCUCCACCGCUCUUUACGGAGAGAGCGACCUUUAAUCCUCGCAGCGUGGUCCCUCCUGCCAGUUGUUGGUGUAUGCCGUGCAGGGAAGCUUCAAUUGUGUUGAAAUGUGUGUGUUGAUUUGUGAAAGAGAGGCUGAAUUGACAGAAUAGUUGAACAAGCAUGCAUUGUUUUAACCUGCCCUUGCAGUUACAUUUGCAGCAUUGGGUUGAAAAGUGACAUGUCACAAAGUAAAACAAUGACUGACAAAUUGCCCCAACUCAAACAAAAUAUUACCCACAAGUUAAGAAAAGUAAUGCAUUGAAUGUGACGUUUUCCUUUGUAACUGAAGAGCCCCUCGUAUUUGAAUAAAGUUAUGUGCUGAUGAAAUAUCUUUACCAUGCAUGUUACAAGCCUUUUCUUUAUCACACUCAUUCAUCCGACCAAUGGCCCCCAACGCAGCUGGAGGGGCCAUAUGUUACCUUUCUUUAGACCCCAAAGUAUUUAAGGAGCAACAAUGAAAUAAAUGGUAUUGAAAUCAA